AUGGGUCCGUGCUGGCUUGUUAAAGCAACUCUGGGGCUCAGGCUGGCUGAUCUAGAGAAGCGUCUUCUGCAAGCCUCCGAGCUCGAAGCAAGCGUCCAGGUUUCUUUCGCCCCUCCGGCCUUGUGCCUAUAUCACCUCUCUCGUCCCCCUCUCCUGCCUUUCCUCACUCCCCCUCUUCUCUAUCAUUUCCCCAAUUGUUCUCUGCCUCUCUACCUUUUGCCCUCUUGUUCUCAUUAUUAUGCUCAUUCGUGUUCUCCACUUUCGGUAUCGUCCCCGUUCUCCUAUUGUACGCUUUCUCCUCAGCCCUUUCCAGCCUGCCAACUGUCGGCAAUUAUCGUUCUACUACCGCCAGGUUCGAAGUCGAUAAAUCGAUGCCGUAGGCACGACAACUUCUGGUAG